GAAGUGCCCUCUUCGUAGUUCGAUUCGACUGGUUAUGUCCAAAAUAUUAACAGUUACCGGGGAGCACCGAAUAAAAUUUUAUUACUGUAAUCAAUAACAGCACUGCUGUGUCGACCUCAAUUAUAAUUCUCUUGAACACAGACGGGCGUAUAUGAGCCAAAACACGAACGCAUGCGUUGAGUUGGUAUACAUAUAUUGCUAUCGAGUAGCUUUGUCGAGUCGCAUGCCGUAAUUGCAUGAGAAUGGUACGCCAAAUCGAGAUUUAUGAGUCUUAUACCAGAGUCUAUGAAUUAAAUAUUUUAUUUACUAAUAGAAUAUUAUUUUUAACGUAGAAAAGAGAUUGUUAGAUAAACGAUUCACGAGGAUAUUUAGCAAUUACUUAAUAAUUACGGUUGCAUCAUAACAGUUGUACGCACACACUAUUAAUAAUGAGCAACGAGACUGUGGAUCCUGGAACUUCAUGUGAUAAUAUGAGCUCAUCAAUUAAUAAAUCUGCUCAAUCAUCAUCCAGUAAUACUACAAUGUAUAUUCUUCCACCAAAUGUAUUGCAAAAUCUUAAUUUAACUAAUGUUAUAAGUAAAGAAGAAAGUAUUGUUUCUACCAUGGACUUGUGUAAUAAAGAUAAUUUGAAACUACAAGUGAUUUCUAAGUCUAAUGGGAAUUCUACGAAUGAGAAUACUACACUAAAGAAUGUGAUAAAACGAAGCACGGUUAUACAGGAUAAUAGAAAUAAUACAGAAUCAACGGAGGAUUCGAAAACUGAUAUAAGCGAAGACAAGUUAAUAUCUGAUACAGGAAACAGUCAACAUUUAAACAGGAGAAAGAGUGUCAUACAAGUAGCUAAUUCCGUAGACGUUUCUUCUGUUAUAAAAUGUACUACUGACGUAGAAGAUGAUCAAGCUACCUCAAACGAUGUACCAACGUCUCAAAGGCGAGAAACUAUGUCUGGACAAAACAGCGAAAAAUAUUUAAAUAGCCAGUUAGAAACACAAAAGAAAGUGGAAACUAAGUGUGAAAUGAAUUCAAAUAUACAUGAGAGAUCUAAACGUAUUCGUAAGCAAACAAACUUUGAUGAUUAUAUUACGACGCAUAAAAAGGAGUCACCGAAACAGGAAACUAAGACUUUACAUCAGAAAACGACCACUGCUUGUGAUGAGAAAUCGGACGACCCAAUAUGUUGUAUUUUUUCAGACGAUGGAGAAGAUACGCUUAACUUAAAUACUUCUACUCCCGUCACAUCAGCUGUAAUAAGAGACUCACUGCCUUCGAACUUCAGUAGCAAUUCCGGAAUUAAUACUGAUAUUACAAAUAUUAAACGGAAAUGCUACUCGGUAUAUAUGCAAAAUUAUCAAAAUUUAGUAAAGGAUGAAAGCGCGACAUCGAAAAAUUCCAAAGGUAUAAUGCAAACAAAUGAUGAAGUAGCUGCCGGAUUAACAAACACCUCUGAACGUGUCACUCUAAAGAAUAAUGAGAAUCUAGACCUGUGCGAACGUAAAGAAUUAAACUUGACGCAUUCGCGCAAACACUUCAAUGAUAACAUCGAUGUUGAUAAAAGCACGUUAGUUACUCCGCUGAAGCACGGAGACCUACGUUCGAACUCGGUCAAUGAAAUGGAUAAUAGUCAAACCUCAGAUGUUACAUCAGUGAAAAAAAGAAGAGGGAGGCCCAAAAAAGUUGUACCUUCGCCACAAGAAACAAUGAACGAUGCCUCCCUUACAGAAACAGUUAUUCAUACCAAGAGACGUAGUCAAAAACUGUACAAUAUUAGUGAUGAUAUCUUAAGUGACAACAGUAGCACUGAAAAUGAAAGUAUUAACAGUCUGACUGGUAAUCAAAUAAAAGGCAGGGGUAGAGGUAGAGGCAGAGGCAGGGGCAGAGGCAGGGGUAGAGGCAGAGGCAGAGGCAGGGGCAGAGGCAGGGGCAGAGGAUUAAUGGAUACUGAAGAUGUAGCAAAGUCAAUGAAACCAAUAUUUGAUGUGAUAACGGAAGAAGAAAACUCGGGUGAUAAUAAACCUACAACCCAAGAAAAUGUAACUUGUGCCAAAUGCGAGACAGAGAUAUCGAAGAAAGAGUGGAGUUCACACAAUUUGCUCAAACACAAUUAUAUGAGUUGGACGAAGGACGAGGAACCAAUUGAUUUUGAAAAUGACAUUAAAUUAUGGAAAAGAGUAUUGACCGCUGCUAUUAAAAGGAAGAAAGGUCAGUUGCCGUGUGAAAAAUGUGGGAAUGUAAAACGCAGCGUGAACGGUUUUAUAUCUCACGCGCAGUUCUGCGGAAAAACAGAGGAAGAACAACUAGCUUUAAUGGCAACUUGCCAUAUUUGCGGAGCUGUUAUGAAGCCAACUUCUGUGGAAAUGCAUGAAAGAAGUCAUAGAGAGUCAAAGAAAAAUGAAGGAAAAGAUUCAAACACCUCCGAGUAUCCAAGAGGAAAACGUAAAGCGGCAGAGAAAGCAGUGUCAAAAAUUUCAGAGUUUGCUAAACUCGUAAAUGAACCACCCAAAAAGAAAGUAAAACUAGAUAUCUCUUUUCUGAAACGUGUAAUAAACGAACCGAAAGAUGAAAAAAGUAUACCGUCUAUGCGAAAAAGUAUGUGGAAAAAACAGCUGGCUGCUAGAGGGCAAAUAAAGUGCCAGGAACUAAAUUGUACAUACACUUGCAACUCUUACGAAGAUAUGUGUAAACAUUUCGCUACUUGUAACUUCGUUCCUCAAAAGGCCUAUCUGUGUAAAAUAUGUAAAUUUACCUGUUCCUCUAAUGAAGAAAUGAUAAAUCAUGUAACAGACCAGCAUGCACCGGUAGAGGAAAAUGAGAAACAGUCAGAUUUCGAAGGAGAAAGUUGUAGUAGUUCCGACGAAGAACCGUCUCACAGGACGAAAUCAACGUACAAGGAACAAACGCAGAGAAUAAAGUACAUAACGCCGUACAUUCCUGCCGUGGAAUGGAGUAUGGAAUUCGAAAAAAAGAAUUACGAAUUGUAUUUGUUCGAUGACUAUUUUCCGAAUACGUUUACGUUAUUAAAUAAUACGUCUGUUGGUCAAUAUUUGCCAGAAUUAGAGAUUUCUAUGCGAACGGAGAAAGAGAAAUCUGAAGAAGCAUCUGAGACAGAGACCGCAUGGAAGCAAUGGAAAAGAUUUGAGGGUGGUUCGGAUGAAGAUUCUUUCAUUUUCUUUACUGGUGGUCCAGUAUGGGCAAUCGCUUGGUUGCCAAUUCCAUUACCGAUGCAUUCUAAAAACCCCUGUCAAUACAUCGCAAUCAGUACUCAUCCGACAAUGGAAAGCGAAUAUACCAUAGGACACUCGCACCCUGGACCCAAUAUGAUACAAAUUUGGAGUGCAGGACCUCUGACUUUCGAAACUGACAAUAAAGAGACAUUUCCUGCUCUCUCGUAUGCAAUCGUACAUAAUAGUGGCACCAUAUGGUGCAUGGAAUGGUGUCCUUCCGGGUGUUAUCAAGACGAAAGUCUGAAUAAUUACGAGAAAGAUGCGCAGUCUAGUCUUAAACGAAUGGGUAUGCUAGCAACAGCUUGUUCAGACGGAAAUGUACAUAUUUAUUCAUUGCCGUUUCCGGAGGAAUUGAAAUUUGAAAAGACUGUAGACAAUCAAUGGCCUAUAUAUAGUACCGAUCCGGUGAUAACUUUAACUGCAAAUAUAUCGAUAUAUGAUAGUAAUAAUCAGAAUUGGAUGUGUACAAAGGUUUCGUGGACGAAACAGCACGGACAUAACACUAUUGCUGCAGGAUUCUCAAACGGUUACAUCGCGUUGUGGGAUCUAACUUAUAAAUCUCCGUUAUCAAUGCAAAAGAGGCAGAACACAUACUUCAUAAAUGCGUUCCAGCACUUUUGGGGUCAUAGCAGUUCCUUAACUAUGGUAUCCUUAAUUCCAUAUAACGGAGAAAGAUUUUUAGCUUCUGCGAGCUUAGAUAGAACAUAUAAAUUUUGGGAUUUGGAAAAUACGAGUUGUCCGCAAACCAGUGCACAUAAGAAUUUUAUAGUGAACGGUGUAUGGAUGACACAUUUGCCGUGUGCUGUUAUCAGUUUUGACGACGCACUCGGAUAUCAACAUACGAACAGCUAUUUGAUUUCGUUAAGAGAAUACGAAUUCAAGUAUUAUCCCGUUUUACCAACGAAUUCUCCCACAUACGCGGUAGAUGUUUCCGAUUAUGCAAAUGGCAUUGCGCAUGGUACAUAUGCGGGUGAAAUAUUAACGGUAUUCGUCCAUAAUCUUAUAAAAGACAGAGAUUAUAUCAAUAUCUUAAAGAGAAGGAAAUUAAGUUCCUACGUGAAAAUAGUGGACUUUUUAAAAGAAAAGAAGGAAGAGACGAAGGAAGAGACGAAGGAGACAAAGGAAGAGACAAAGGAAGAGACGAAGGAGGAGACGAAGGGAGCGAAAAAGAAAAAUGACAAUAAGAAGGAUAACAAACGUAAUAAGAAAGAGUCGGACUACCAGUACUCUCCGGACAAAUACAACGAAUGCCAUGAUCGAUACGGUCUUAUUUUCUGCGACGAUUUAAAAUCGUUUCGAAUAAACAAGCAUAAGAAAUCGAUAUUUUCGGAACACUUGAGGGAAGUGCCAGUGGAACAAUAUCCAUUCAUGUCCGUUAAUAGGAUAUCCUGGAAUCCAAAUGCGUGGAGUUAUGUAUGGAUGGCAGUUGGCUAUCAAAAUGGUUUAGUCAGAUUAAUAAACUUCAAAUAUAUAUCUGCAGCAGAUGAAGUAAAAGAGAUGCUGCCCGAAUAUACGAAGACAAUGCUUGAUAAAGCGAAAAGUUCGACGACGCAACGCUGAUUAUAAAUUGUAAUUUAUAAUAUAAUGUGAUGAGGCGAACAUGGUAAAUGUAAUGUAUUUUUUCUAAUUUUAUACAUGUUAGGUUCACUUUACCGAUGCCAAUGAUUAAAUAAGACUACAUGUAACUUAUUCAGAACAUAUUUCAAUGUCAUUUGAAUUGAAUGUUUAUGAGUGUUAGAAAAUUCGAAGUGAGAAAUACUUUUCAACAGCAUAGAUGUUUCCUUGGAAGAAAGAAAAUUAAUGACAUUAUGAAUGUUAAUAAAUGAAAUCUAAUACUAA